AUGACCGACGUCGAUGCUUUUCGAGAUGCCGAGUACAUCGCUGACGUGUCUGGCAUCUCCCUCGACGAUGCGGAGCCGGAGUCUCCCACGGCGACUCCCCCAUCCAGCACCAGCGGGCCAGACAAUGGCCGCGUGAGGAAACUCCAGUCCGCCGCAAAGAUCGCUUUCAUUGACCGACUGCUUCGUGAUCUGGACAUUUUGAUAUAUUGUGAACUAUCAGCGCUGUAUUAUAUGGACUGCUCCAUCAUUCUUUUUGCCGUCCGUGCUAUUGUGGAACUCAUCUUCUUCACCCCCAAAGCAUCGCCGUUCGAUCCCACACGCAACCAGCCCUUUAUCGGCGCUAUCAUUGCAAGCAACGUCUUUUGCAUGAUCUUCCAUGCCUUCUUCAUCCGCCCCGAAGCUGGCGAGGCCACGCGGGGAUACUUGCAUGGCGGUUUUUUCAUCGAUUUCAUUGGCCAGACACCUGUCCCAGUGCUCCGCCUACUAUCAUUUGAUAUCCUUAUCCUUCUAGUCGACUUUGUCAUGCUGGCUUUAAUUGUGGAACGCGUCAAGACAGUUGGGCCAAGUAAUACGACUCCGACUACAACUGCAACAACGAGUUCAAGUACCAACACAGACACUACCCAAUCGGAUGGGCAAGACCACGAUGCGGAGGAACGCGGGGUGGUGCGUAAUACCGAGAAUGCGGACGAAUUGAACAGCCCUGGAGCGGAUAAUAAUACCAGCUCCUCUUCCUCUCCCCUUCCUGCCAUUGAUAAUGAUUUACAUGAUGAACGUUCCUCACUUUUAGCGGACCCUAGCGAGUGUAUUUCUGCAAGAUGUCCCCGGGGCGGCCACCCGUUGGAUGCAUUUUCGUCCGGCCAGGCUGUGAUCUUGGAGAUGGGAUUCUUGAGCACGAUCCGCGAUCAGUGGCAAUAUACGACGACACCAUUACGUCCGACGGGCUAUGUACCGUCUCCAGAAACCGCGACUUUCUUGCGGCAGCGAUUCGGGCUACAAGUUGGGACUGACGGGCGCAUUGUACGCAUAGACCGUUGA